AUGGACACCGGGCACCAUGCAAUAGAACUUAUUCACCAGGAUAUUGUAAAAAGUCAUCUUCAAGUUACAGCUUUAAUACAAGUAAAUAUUAUUCAAAACAAAAGUUUUUUAUAGUAAUCAUGACAUAACCAAUGCCAUGAUUGGCAUAACCAUUGAAUUUUUAUUAUAACAUUAAAUAAUAUAAAUAAAAUAUAUUAGUUAUUGAUAAAUUUAUGUUUAUAAUUGCUAUCAAAUUAAUUAUGAAUAAAUUCAUUAUAUUGAAAUUUUAUUGUAACAAUAAUAUUAUUUGAGGUUAAAUAAAAAACAGUUGUAUUUUUAUUGUCAUUUAUUUAAGAAAAUUCACUAAUUAAUAUGAAUUUUUCAGGAUAUUCAACAAUGUACUGGCCCUUUAGAAUUACUUAAUGAAUUAAAUGCAGAAGGUAGAGCAAAAAUAGCAGCUCUGAAGUUAUCUAUAGAUAAAUUAGUAUCAGUUGCAGAAAGGGAAUCUUCAGAGAAAAAAAAGGCAGAGUUAUUGGCAGAAGUAGAUACUUAUAAACAACAACUUAGUACUUCUUUAGCUGCAUUUCGUAAAGCUAAUGUUGUUAGUGUAUGUGUGAUAGAUAAACUUGCUAAGGAAGAGUUGCUCUCUAUGCCUGAGGAGCAACAAGCUGCUGUUCGUAGAAGACAUGACAAGCAAAACCUAGCAAACACAUCAAAUCAACUUUCAGACAAACUUUUAAGUAUAUCUAGACAUUUAGCUGAAACAACUCAAAAAAGUGCAGAUACAUUGGAUACACUAAUUUUAUUAUUGAUUGUUGCUGGAUCUGCAGCUCCUUGGGUUGAGAUUCUUUUCGGUAAACAAGCAGAUUACAAUUAUCAACCAUCGAAUUAUAAAAAUCAACAAUAUAGACGACGACAUGGAAAAGGAGGAAAGGAAAGAUGGAAAGAUAUUUGCAGAACGAUAAAUCCGGAUCCUUAUGCGUUUCCGGGACGAGCUCCCUAUCCUUCUGCACCAAUUUGUCCU